AAAAUGUAAUAUCUCAAAUUACUAAAAUUAUCAAUGAAAUUAGAAAAUGUUAGUUUUAAAUUUGCAAAAAAAUAAUUGGUGUAAAUUUUGUUGUAGUUUUGUACGUAUAAAAAAAGUACUCACUUUGCUUUGACUAGUGCAGUACGAAUAUGACAUUUAUCGAGGUUAGGUAGUACACAGUGCUUCUCGCUGGGUUUUUAUUUAAAAAAAUCGGAAUUUUGUAAUUCAAAAAGCUCAAUAACAAAAUCGACACAAGAAAUAUUCCAGAUCGGCUUACAGUUCAAAUUCAAUUAGAUAAUAGUAUAAUGUACGCGUUUUUCAAUUUGAAGCCUAGUUAAUUUCGAAUUAUCGCGUUAUUAUUCCUACAUGUAGGUAUUAUUUACAAAUUUCUUCGUUCGAAGGUAACGUUAAAGAGGUAUGAAUGGGACUACGAUGGAUCGACAUGGACACGGCCAGAGUAAUCCCAAGUUGCCCAGGAACUACAAAUUAAUAGUGGACCCGUUUUUGGUCAAAGGGGCCGCUAAACUUUACAGAUACGACGGUGUCAUACCGAACGAUGUAUCUUGUCCUCCUGUCGUUCCCCGAGAUCCCAGGUCUCAUUUGACCAGAAUAUGGACCAGAUUGGAAACCCUCGACCUACCAGUACCUAGAUUUCGAAUCGAUGUGAACUAUGUGGGCGAACCGCCAUCUAUCGAAGUAACGAUAUUCCAGCUGAACGAUAACAUCGACAAAUUAUUCCUGAGAGAUAUGCUACAGAAGUUCGGUCAAAUCGAGGAACUCUCCAUUUACUAUCAUCCCGUCACCAACAGACAUUUAGGCAUCGGUAGGGCCAUAUUCGAAACCGUCGCCAGCGCCAAGGCUUGCGUGGAAAAACUGAACAAAACUAGCGUGAUGGGGAAGAUUUUGGAGGUGUUUUUGGAUCCAUUCGGCGAAAAGUGCAAGCUUAAAUAUGAAGAAUUCACAACGGAAAAGAAACCCCCACCGCCGCCUCUUGCUAUCGAAACUACCCCAAAAACCGAAGAUAAAACCAAAAUGGAAAUAGAGAAACCGUACGAUACGGGCGAAGAAGAUUUCGACGAAACGGAACGUAUCAAAAAAGAAAGAGAAAAGGAGUUCGAAAAGAAACUGAGAGAAAACGACAGGCACAGAGACAGGGAUAGAGAACGAGACGCCAGAGAAAAAGACAACAGAUACUUGAGCAGAGGAUACAGAAGCAACGAAUACGCCACGCCCAGCAGCGCCGACAUGGGCUACGGGACUGCACCUAGCGAUUUUUCAGCCAGUUACGGCUCGUCCGGCACCACUCCUUUGGGAUACGACUUCCACGGUCACAAUCUACCGAUUCACAACCAAUACCCGUACCCCGCCGCCGCCUACCUCCCGCCGCCGCCGAACGUCUGGCCUCCGCCCCCGAUGGCGGCCAGCCCGUGGACGCCCGAGAGUUGGGACCGAUCGCCGGCCGGCAUGGCGCCCCUGCCGCCCCCCAAAUGGCCGCACGACGAUAAAUACGCGCACGGCAAGAGCAAAGAGAAAGAUUGGAGGGACAGGGACCGCGACAAAGAGCGCGAUAGAGACAAGGAGAAGGACAGGAAGAAGGACGGCGGGAGAAGGAAGGAUAAGGAUAAGGAUAAGGAGAGAGAUAAGAUUGAAGACGAUAAUAAACCUUUGGAUUUGGACACGAGGAUCGCUUUGUUGUUGAAAGAGAAAGGUUCGGGUGGUAUGGCGCCGCCGUUUUUGAAUUUCGGGGCCGAUUCCGACGACGAAUCGAAAGCGUCCGAUAAGCUGUUGAAGAACGUACCGAUACCGACGUCGUUGGAUAGCGACGAAGACGAUCGAUCGAGCAUUUCGUUGAGCGACAUGCCCAUUAAUCCGCCGGCGCCCGAUUUGGAUUUCGACGUUCCCAAAGACGACGAUGACGCGCCUCUAUCGAAUCCACCUUCGCCGUUUUUGUCCAAUGAAGUCUACUUGGAAUGCCACAGGCUAGCUUUGGAACGCGCGGUGGUGGCGAAACAGCGUGAAGCUUUGGAAACGACGGCUCUGCUGAAGAAGGUCCACAUCGAAAUGAACAAAAUCGGCAGCGAUAUAUCAUCGAGCGAAGACGAGCUGUUGACCGGAGAUAGAAUUCAUAAUAAUUACAGUCCUAUCGAUAGGAGCGACUUUAAAAACGAGCUUAAGAUGGAAAAGGACGACGACCGAAUGAGCCUGUCGUCGUUGAGCAGCAACGAGAAAAUCGAGGAAUCCAAGCCGGACAUGCCGCCUCUACCGCCGCCGGGCGAUUCGCCGGCGACGGCGCCGCCGCUGCCGCCCGUCCCCGGCAUCUACCCGCCGGCCCAAUACCCGCCGGGCAUGCCGGCCUCUUAUCCUAGUUACCAAGCGGCCCACUACUCGUCGCCGUUCCCGCCUCACCAGUACCCGCCGGCCUACGGCCACCAGAAUUGGCGGCACGGCUACCCGUACGGGGGCCAGCAGGUGUUCCUGCCGCACCUCUCCCAGUUCCCGGCCUAUCCGCAAUUGCACCCGGCCCAACGGUACGCCGACUACGGGACGCCGCCCGAGAAGCCCGAGGACGACAAGGACGAUCCGCACGCCGUCACGAUCAACUCGGUGGUGCAGCAGGUGACGCAGGAAUUGAAGAACAUCCUGAAGAGGGAUUUCAACAAGAAGAUGGUCGAAUCGACGGCGUUCGAUAAGUUCGAGGCUUGGUGGGAGGAGGAGAGUUCGAAGGAGAACAAGCCGAAGGGGAAGGAGGAACGGUCGAGGGACAAUCGGGAUAACAUCAACGUGUUGCUCGAAUCGCAUCGGGACAAUUCGUACGCUAAUUUGGACGCUUCGUCGGGCGUCGGGCUCGGUUUUAGGGCGUCGUUGCCCAAAAUGCCGAGUUUCAGACGGAAGAAGAUCCAUUCGUCUUUACCGGAAGACGAAGACGGGCGCAAAGUAUCCGAUAACGAAGAAAUCGUUCACGAUUCGGAUUCGGACAUCAACAGAUCGGCUUCGAGAAGGGAACGAAAGACAUCGGUUAGUAGCGUGAGCAGUUCUUCGACUUCGUUUACUUCGUCUAGCGACGGGGACAGUUCGGACGAAAGCUCUUCGGACUCGGAAUUGGGCGCUCCGGCUGUACAACCGGAUAGGAGUUUUACGCCCGUCAUGCCCGAACUACCCGCCAACGCACCGGAAGAGGAAGAAGAAGAAGAAAAACCGCAAACAGUCAACGAAUCGUUGGAGUCUGUCGAGGAGAGCACUUCUCCUCUUAGGGACGGCAUCGAAGCGAGAAAUAAAACACCCGAACCCAUGCAGAUCGAUACGGAUGAUAUAGCAGCUGUUAAAGAAUAUUCCAAACCGCAAAGUGUUUCUAAUGCGAAUUACGAUAGCGAUAGCGAUAUGAGCGAUACGGAACGUUUGAUACUGGAGAGAAGAAGAUUAAAUACCGAGUACAUGGAGCAAAUCGAACGGGAAAGACAAGAACGGUUGGCCUUAGAAGCUAAAGAUAAUCGCGAUAAGAAAAGGGUAGACGUUAAAGCAGAUAGCGAGAUAUUACAGGAUAAGGAUGUAAUGGAUAAAUCGUUGGAAGAACUAGAAGCUGAAAGGGACGCCCUUCUACAGCAAGUGCGUAAUCCUGAACCGCCUGCUGGUAAGAAAUCUGACGUAAAAGCUGCCUCUAAAAAAUCAGAAGAAAUUAAAAAGCCGAUAAUAAAGAGCGAUUCCGACGAGGAGUCGUUAGAGUCUAGAAAAAAGAAGAAAACUAAGAGCAAACAAGACUUGAACGGUGAAGAAGCCGCGCAAAAACGAACGUCCGAAAGUUCAAUGGACGGAAGCAGUCCUAAUAGUCAGGUCGUUAUCGAACAUUCUUACUGCAUGCCGCGGCCGGAGAAGGAAAAUAUCGAAAAGACACCGCCCAAAAUCGAAGACAAUCUCAGCACCGUUCUCAAAGACCACGAAUACUCCUCGAAAGAGGUGCACCGAAUAGAAAAAGUGAAAAAGGAAAAACCGCCGAAGCCGGUGAAACCCAGAAAACCAAAGGAACACAAGAAGCUGCAGGAACUCCAAAACCAACUCAACUACAAAGACCAAUACGCUUGGAGGAAGUCGUUGGAACAAUACAACAUUCACGGCGGCAUCGUGCACAAAGUCAGAGAUCAAAUGUCCGAAUUCGGCGUGCUCUACGAAUUCCUCACCAAAGGCAUCGACAAAGAGGACAUCGAAUACAUCAAGAAAUCGUACGAGGAGAUGCUCUCCAACGACACGAUGGGCUAUUGGCUGAACGACACCCAUUGGGUCGAUCACUGCCUCACGGAUCUCUACUCCAGUCCACCGAAGAAGCGGAAAAAGGACGAGCGCCAGCACGGCACCGGCAGCGCCCGCACCGAAGGCUACUACAAACUGUCGGCGCACGAGAAGUCCCGAUACAAGUACCAUCACGCCAAGGCGCACGCCAUCACCAUGGCCAACGCUUCGGCCACCACCGCCAAACAAGGAUUGUCGAGAGAAGCGAGAUCGAACCAGCGACGUUUGCUUAACGCGUUUGGCGGAGAUACGGAUUCGGAUCUGCUCAAAUUCAAUCAACUCAAGUUUAGGAAGAAACAACUCAAAUUCGCCAAGUCGGCCAUACACGACUGGGGGCUGUUUGCCAUGGAGCCCAUCGCUGCGGAUGAAAUGGUGAUUGAAUACGUGGGUCAAAUGGUGAGGCCUAGCGUGGCUGAUGUGAGAGAACAGAAAUACGAGGCCACCGGCAUUGGAAGUUCAUAUUUGUUUAGGAUAGAUAUUGAGAAUAUUAUAGACGCUACGAAGUGCGGUAAUUUAGCUAGGUUUAUUAAUCACAGUUGUAAUCCAAAUUGUUACGCGAAAAUCAUAACAAUAGAGUCGCGGAAGAAAAUUGUGAUAUAUUCGAAGCAGAGUAUAGGAGUGAAUGAAGAGAUUACGUACGAUUACAAGUUCCCGCUCGAAGACGAGAAGAUACCGUGUUUGUGUGGAGCGCCGCAAUGUAGAGGCACUUUGAACUAAAAGUAAACAAUAUUAUAUAUUAAGAAACAAAAAGCGAUUUUGCCGUUUGCGAUAUGUUUAUUUGAAAAAUGUACUUACGAUGUUUGGAUUCGACAAAAUCAAUCGCAGUUUUGUUAAAUUUCUCUCAAAACGGAACGAAACGUGUUUGUUGCUAUUAUUUAAAAACGUAAAAACUUGGCGAUUUUGAUGAAAAAAAAAAAUAUGAUUUUUUUUAAAGCGGUGUUGUCAGAUUGACGGAAAUGUCUAAUUUUGGGAUAUUUUCAUCUAGAAAGGGGCAUUUGUAAACACUUAAAAUUCCUGAAUAGUACUACAUUUUAAAAAUCAAUUUUCAUUAGGUUGGAUUUUUUUAAACAAAAACACUUUCUUUUAAUAAUUUUAGUGGAUUUUCUCCGCUAAAUAUUUAGUAAUUGCUUUAACAAAAUGAAGGGAAAAAUAUUUUCCAAAUGUUGCCAACACUGCGCAUAGUCAAACUUUAAUAAAAUGUACUAUAUUUUUGUAAAAUAAUGGUGAGUUUUUUAAUUGAGUAAACAAUUCGGAUGAACUUUUAGAAUAAAGAUUUAAUAGUUGUAAGAGUGUAUAUUACAUGGAAAUUUAAUUAAGUUCUUUUUUAUUUGUACAUAUAUUAUUAUACACAUGUAAAUAGUAUUGCUGAUUGUUAAAAAAAUGUUUUUAAAAUGAAAUCUCUGAAUAAGAUAAUAUAAAAGUGUAU